CCUUGGCUGGGUUUGAGGAUGGGCUCUGUUAGUGCCUGAUAUAUUAGAAAGUUGCAUCAUCCUCUAAAACUAAUAUAUGGCCUGUAUACUCUUACUGAAUCAGUCUCUGAAAAGCAAGAAGUAUUUCUCCGGUUCUUGAAAAUGCUUAUAGCAAUUUCGAACAGAAAUAAUGAAAGUAGGCAUUCUUCUUGAAUAGUCACCAAUUCUGUUUCACAUCGUUUUAUCAAUUUUAAUAUAACCGAAAGUUUUGGGGCUAGACGUUAUCGAGGAAGAGAUAUUCCCCCUCAAUAUACAUAUCAAAAGCUGGUCAUAACACUUUAACAUCGAGGGGAAGUGAUCUCUACUUUAUACAAAGAAAUGCAGAUAUUAUGAAUCCUUGGUCAAUACAUCUGUGUUCUGAAGCCUGUUGGAGAGAUUUGAGCUGACUCAUAAACUGUUCAAGCAAAAUACCACCCUGAAAAUCGCGGCACUUCGAGCCUUUUUUUGUCUGCUGAGGAUUUUGUUUGUCAAAAACACAAAUCAUUACUCCUACGGACAAGUUUCUGUUAUUUCCAUAAAAUCUGUAGUAUUAUUUAUAAAUAUCUUGAGUCCGAUAUGUUUUCUGAUUGUGUUUUUUUUACUUUACAGUGAACUUCCGAUUUUCACUUGUCAAGCCCAUGUAUUUACAAUUAACCCUCAAACAAAGAAGUCAUGGAUUCCGUCAAGCAGUAAAGCGGUCGAUGUUAACUUCUUUUAUGACUCCAAUAAACACUGUUAUCGAAUAAUUAGUGUUGAAGAUUCUUCUGGUUCAAAAAAGGUUAUUAUUAACAGUACAUUGACGGAAAAAAUGACAUUCAAGAAGACUUCACAAAAAUUCGGACAAUGGGCUGAUUCGAAAACUGGUGGAGUCCAUGGUUUGGGGUUCAGCUCAGAAGCAGACUUAACCAUGUUUAUCAAUCAAUUUAAACAAUGUGUAGAUUCAAUGAAAGCUCAAAUUCAACCAGAAGCAAAUAGUCCAUCUGGAAUACGUGUACCAUCAGACUCAGUCAAUUUACCGAAAGACAAUUUAUCAAGCCCGUUACAAAAUGGUCAAAUUCAUCCACCAAUAUCGAAUAGUAGUAGUAGUAGUAUUCCAGUUAACCAACCCACUACACCAACAAUAACACCUACAUGUUUAACGACUAAUUUUGUUACUUCACAUCAAAAUAUUUCACAAAAUUUAUCAAAUCCAUUAUCUAUACAACAUGUGAAUUCAUCAUCAUUGCCUGUAACACUAACAACACAAUCAUUAACAACAACUAAUGGACAAAAUGAAAUAUAUUCUAAUCAAUCUGUACAAAAUCAAUUAAAAUUAGCUCAAGCUCAAGUGAAACGGCUAGAAAUGGAAAUUAAUCAAUUAAAACGUCAAGCUAUGCCAGUAAUGGGUAGUUCAAUGAAUGGAUUAGUUUAUACAACAAAUUAUACUAAUAUUGAACCGGGAAUAUCAAUGGAUACCGUUGAUAGUCCUGAUCUACGAUGUGGUAUUGCACGUUUGGAAUUAGAUGGUACUAAUGGCGGUGGAAGUGCCGGUGUCAAUAGUAAUGGAGAAUGGAUUAACGAAUUGAGUAUUAGUAAUAAACCUAGACCAGUUGGUACUAUUCAUCCUUCAUUGGUACAAGGUAAUCAAAACAGACUAUUAUGGAUGGAUCGUGCAUCACAAGAUACUAUACGAUCAUUGCAUAUACGUUUAGGAAAUGUAUUAAAAGAAGCCUUAGAAAUUCAUAAUCGUUUAAGUUCUCUUCUAUCAAUUCCAUCUGUAGAGUAGGAAAUUUUGUGUUCGAUACAUUAAACUCACUGACUGACUACUUUUUCUCAGUCUUCCUGUAUACAUGACUUUUAAAAUUUAUUUCUUUAUAAUUUAGCUUAGAUUUCUUAAUGUGUUAUCAAUUUGUUGUUUUUUCUUCUUCUAACAUUAAUGUUUCUUCUCUAAGAUGAUGAAAUUCCCCCCUAACAAUAAUACAAACAUCUUCAUUUUAUUCUUUUUAAUAAUAAAGGAUACUGCUAGAUGCCUGUCAGUAUUUUAAUCAUCAUCUAUGCUGUUGUACAGUUCAUGUAAUUUACUUUAAUUUGCUAUACUGGUGAAAUGUAAAUUCUUUUUCAAUUUUUUACAUAAGACAAAAUUAACUCGUAAAAUAAACAAGUAUUAUCACUACUAUUCAUUCGUAAAUAAUAAUGACAAGGUCAUAUCUAUUUAUUCUAAUGCAUGAUGUUUGUUUUAUUUCUCUUAAUUGAUGUUUCUUAUUCCCUGCGAAUUUCCUCUCCUUUCUUUUCUAUCUUUUAUAAUAUAAUUCCAAGAUUAAUUUUAUAAAUACUCCUUAAUAUAGUGGUAUUACUUUAGAUACAA